CCAGUUUGGUCCAACUCCAACCAAAAAAGAGGCCGCAGCGCAGAGCCGCACGCAGAGCAGAGGAGAAAGGCAGAGCUCUCUCUCGACAUGCCGCGCCGGCUGCCCUCCUCGUCGCCUCACUGGCUGCUGCUCCUGCUAGUCACCGCCGUGAUGUUGUCGGCGACGGAGGCGACGGCGCCGGUGGUGCCCAUGGAGCUAUACUUCUCGCCGGCGGAGCUUGCGAGCAUUGCCGGGUACGGAGAGGAGCCGGUGUCGACCGUGGUGGUGUCCGGGCAGGUCGUCUGCCUGCUCUCCUGCCGCCGGCACGGCGCCGACCUUCUUAGCUUCGAGCUGCCAGGUGCUACGGUAGGAGUGACAUGUGAAACAGAAGGUAUUAAGGCGAUGGCUAACUCUGUAUUUGGAAUAACUGAUGAGAACGGCAACUUUACCAUAGAACUCCCUUCUUGGCUCCAUGCCACACCAAACCUGGAGAAGGCCUGUGCCGUCAAGGUGAUUCAGCUCCCGCUAGACUCUGUGUGUCGGCUUCGCCAUGGCCCGAGCUCAUCCCAUGGCAUCCAUCUAUCAUCAUCGGAGGAUGGUUUCCGCACCUACACUACAGGGUGGAUACAGCUGCAGCAACAUGAUACAAAGUAGGGCAUGUCCAUGCACCGUGUU